ACACCGGAAAUGACCCAAAACUUGUUGCAUAUCAAUUCAUCAACACAAAUUCUUGUGCCCUUUCCCGGUUCACAAACAAUAAUGCGGUCUUGCCCGAGAAACAGCGCCGCCGUUGUAACCGUCAACGAUGAACUACCACAACAAGCUUGUUCUCGCUCCUAUGGUUCGAGUUGGUACACUGCCAUUGAGAUUGUUAGCUGCUGAGUAUGGUGCAGAUAUCACUUAUGGAGAGGAAAUUAUCGAUCAUAAGCUUAUCAAGUGCGACCGCGUUGUAAAUGAGUAUCUGGGCACAACGGAUGUAGUAGAGAAAGAGACACAAAAUGUUGUGUUUAGAACCUGCCCGGAGGAGAGAGACCGGGUUGUAUUUCAAAUGGGGACUUCUGAUGCUAUUAGGGCUCUUCAGGCUGCCCAACUUGUGUGCAACGAUGUUACUGCUGUUGACAUCAAUAUGGGUUGCCCAAGGUCAUUUUCUAUUAGUGGGGGCAUGGGUGCUGCACUGCUGUCAAAACCAGAAACCAUUCAUGAUAUCUUGACAACAUUGAAGAGGAACCUAAAUACACCUGUGACAUGUAAGAUACGACUUCUGAAAACAUCUCAUGAAACCGUGGAACUGGCGAGGCAGAUUGAAAAAACUGGUGUUUCUGCUCUUGCGGUCCAUGGAAGAAAAGUUCCGGAUAGACCAAGAGAUCCCGCAAAAUGGGAUGAGAUUGCUGAUGUGGUUGCUGCUUUAUCAAUUCCUGUGAUAGCAAAUGGAGAUGUCUUCAAUUAUGAAGAUUUUCAGCGCAUCAAAAUUGCUACAGGUGCCGCCUCUGUGAUGGUUGCAAGAGGUGCUCUUUGGAAUGCAUCAGUUUUCUCCCCUCAAGGGAAACUUCCAUGGGAGGAUGUGAAGAAAGAAUAUGUCAGAAAGAGCAUCUUGUGGGAUAAUGACAUCAAAAGCACAAAACAUGCCUUGAGGGAGAUGAUAAUGCACCAUUCUUGCUUUGAACUACCAGAAGGGAAGGCUGUGAUUAAGUCAGAAACCUUGGCCGACCUUGCGAAACUUUAUGGGGAAGAGGAUUAUUUUCAAUUUGUGAAUAAGAGCAGAUGUCAUGAAGGCUUUGCAGCUGCCAUUUUGUAAUGUGAAAUACAACUACAAAUUAGCAAUUCAUUUUCCAGUCUGUUUUUGACUGACUAUGGAGCACAGAACGCAUACUCUACUAGCUACUUUACACACUGGCAAGGACGAGAUGCGAGAAUGGCUUUACUGAUUGUAUUAUAGACAGCUACGGAUCGAUUGUGGAAUUGAUUAACUCUCGCUAUCCAUGUAUUAUUUACAGUAAUGUGUGUUUCUGACUGAAUUGCUACUCGUUGUCGAAAUGUUAUUCUGUGUACUUGAAAGAAUGACAUCUCAUUGAAUUUUGGAUAAGUGAGAAGAAAAAGGUGAAAGAAUUUUGCAUCAUUUCCAUGGAAAGUUUA